AUGUUGACUCGUAGAUGCGAUCACGGGCGAGGUAGAGGUAGGAUAGGCACCUUUACUCCUGGCCUGACAGGAAAUGAUCCAGUAGACUUUAUGGCUGCUCUAGGAAAUAUGGCUGCAGCUAUGCAGGCGACAGUCGAGGGGAACCCCACUGAUGCAGACAAUUGGAUUCAGGAAAUAGAACAUGCACUACAAGCUCAACCAGUUCCUGAAGAACAAUGGGUUGAGUUUAGAACUUAUCAGCUGCAAGGUGAAGCUCAGUAUUGGUGGCAGGGAACACGAUUCAGAAAUGCCAAGGAGUUUGAAUUGAUGCAAUUAAAGCAGGGCCAAAUGAUUGUUACUGAGUAUACUAGCAGGUUUGAGGAGUUAUGUCGCUUUUCUCAUAUCUGUCAAGGUGCGCCUGAAGAUUUUGCUGAGUGGAAAUGUAUUAAAUAUGAGGGAGGUCUUCGGAGCGAUAUUCUGAGCUUUGUUACCCCAAUGGAGAUUAGAGUGUUUUCUGAAUUGGUGAAUAAGAGUAGGGUGGUUGAGGAAUGUGUGAGGAAGGCAGCAGCAGAGAAAGGAAGAGCAACUCAUUUAUUUAUUGCAUUUGAAAAGGCCAAUGAAUUAGGAUUGAGGAUGGUGGUUUUAGGUUAUGAUUUGAAACUGCAGAAUGCUACUCAUGGAGCUAUGGUGACUAGGUUAGGAUGUCCACAAGUUCCAUUUCGAGUACAACAACGUGAAUUUGUGCAUGAUUUGAUUUGUUUGUCGAUGAAUGGUCUUGAUCUCAUCUUGGGAUUGGAUUGGUUAUCUAAGAAUCAUGUUUUGCUUGAUUGUUCUAAGAAGUCAGUACAGUUUAUGUCAGAAUGGUUGGAAGUGCCAAUUGUGGUGAAUAGUUACUAUUUGAACUCUAUGAUAGUAAAUUGUUUUGGAACUGAAUGUCAGGGUAUUAUGUUAUUAACUGUGGGAGUAUUAGGUGAUGAUCAGAGUUUAGAGCAGAUUCCAGUUGUAUGUAAAUUUUCAGACGUGUUUUCGAAUGAUAUUAAUGAAUUUUCACCUAACCGAGUGGUUGAAUUCGCGAUUGAGUUGGUGCCUGGAGCCGGUCUGAUUUCAAUUACUCCUUACAGGAUGUCACUUUUAGAAAUGGUUGAACUGAAGGCUUAG